CCUCUCAGCAUCCAACCCCUUCACGUUUCCGCGAUGUCCGACAUCCAGCCCUGCCUCGACGUAGGAAGUCGAGCUCGCGCGCUGACUUCAACAGACCUGUUCAAAAGACACAAUGAGCGAAAUAAAACACGCGCAGGCGGCUUCGACUGACGCGAAGGGAGGCCCGGCAGAGGAGACGGACUGGGCGGCCGCUAAAGCCCACUUUGAAAACUUGAAAUCGACUAAACCGAGACCCCCCAAGCCGAAAUAUGCGGUCACCAUCGCAGUUUCUUCCCGAACCUUGUUUGAUAUGGUGGCGGAAAGGAAGAUAUUCGAGGAAGAAGGACUGGAGAAGUAUGUUCAACAUCAGCAAGACCACGAGAACGAGCCACUGAAACAAGGACCUGCUUUUCCUUUCGUUAAAGCACUGAUGGCUGUAAAUGAACGGCUGAGGAAGCUCUAUCCAGAAAGCGAAGAGCUGUUUGACAUCGUUCUCAUGACCAAUAAUCACGCCCAAGUUGGGGUGAGACUCAUGAAUAGCAUAAAUCACUAUGAUCUGACGAUAGAGCGAUUCUGCAUGACAGGAGGUCAGAGCCCGAUCGGCUACCUCAAGGCCUACAUGACUAACCUGUAUCUCUCUAAAGACGGCAAGAAAGUCCAGGAGGCCAUUGAAGAGGGAAUAGCAGCAGCCAUCAUGUUUAAGCCUGAUGUGGAGUCUCAGCUGUCUGAGACUCAGCUGCGAGUGGCUUUCGAUGGGGAUGCUGUGCUCUUCUCUGACGAGUCGGAGAUCAUAGUGAAACAGCACGGCCUGGACACGUUCUUCGAGCAUGAAAAACAACAUGAGAAUAAACCACUCGCACAGGGUCCUCUUAAGUGCUUUCUGGAGGCUCUAGGGAAGCUCCAGAAGAAAUUCUACGCCAAAAACGAGCGGCUGAACUGCCCCAUCCGUACCUUUUUGGUGACGGCCAGAAGCGCGGCCAGCUCUGGGGCCCGUGUGCUUAAGACUCUCAGAAGCUGGGGCCUGGAGAUCGAUGAGGCUUUGUUCCUUGCUGGGGCCCCUAAAGGGCCCCUGCUGCAGAAGAUUCGCCCGCACAUAUUCUUUGACGACCAGAUGUUCCACAUAGAGGGGGCCAAGGAGAUGGGCACUAUUGCUGCCCACGUGCCAUAUGGGAUAGGACAGAAAUAUAACAAAGGAAAGCUGAUUGAACCAGAAAAGCAACAGAAGUAAGAGAUUGUCAUGAUUUUACAGCCAGUAAGGGAAUUCAUUUAUAUAGCUUAUAUUGUUUAGAUGAAGACAUCUGAAGACCCCUUACUUUUAAUGCUUUAUGAUGCAAUCACAUCAUAGGAACUGCUCUGUAGAAGUAUGUUUUCUUAACACAUAUAUUUUUUUCCUCGCACAAAGUUUGCUAAUGAAAUGGUUUUAUUAGCAAUAAUGCUGGAUAAUUCUUUUUAGUUUAUUGGACAUCUAUCUAUCUAUCUAUCUAUCUAUCUUCUUUAUAUAUUUUUAUAUAGAUGCUAUAUUUAUGAGGAAUAUUUGUUUUUAUGGGGGUUCAUAUAACAAGAUGAUUUGCUUUAUAUAUGAAUAAAUGGCUGCUGUUUUUUUUUUUUUUUUUUUUUUUAACUAGAACAUUAAACACUUUGAAAUGUUUUUGCUGAACAGAUUUUCAUAUUAUCCGGCCGUUCUAAAUGCACUUAUUUUUGAGGAGGAAAGUACAUCAAUUCAGAAUUCAUUAAAGUGAGGCCUUCAUUAUCAUUAUUAGAGUAUUCUCCGCAAUUCAGGACCAUCAUCUGCCCGUUCUGCUGCUCCAUGGUUGCAAUUAUUUAGUGUGGUGCUAUGUUCAUACGUAGAUGUUCUCCGGGGGUUAAUUUGCUUGUUUUGCAAAUGGCAGUUACAUAAUGUGUUGAUGCCUCUGCUUGUAUGAAAAUGAUCAGAAACACUAUUUAUUGGAAGGUUGCGUUGCAUGUCACUGAAUUGCAUAAUCGUUUUGUGUUACAGGAUGUCAACAAAAGCUCUUAAACUCC